CCGUGACCUUUCGGUAUUUUCCGGCGUUCUCCGUCUCCGACUCGUUCAUUUCCGGUCAGCGUCGCCAUCUGCUUUCUCGUCCUUCUCCAAUCUCCGUGUUGUCGAUCCCGGUGACGCGGCGGAGGUGUAGCCUGACGCGGGCUCUUACGUGUCGGCCAGAAUAAAAGUGGAGCUCCGGAGGUCCGGGAGUGACGAAGAGCGUCUGUAUCGUUUGAGCGUCCAUCGCUAGCGUAGCCAAUGAAGAUGGAGUCAGCAGCAGAGACCCAGCAGGCCGCAGACACUGCUGUGACCGACACAGAGAACCAGAUUACUCCCGCACAGAUUGCUACUUUGGCGCAGGUUUCCAUGACAACAGGACACACCUCUGCCACAGGCCCCACCGUAACUCUAGUGCAGCUUCCCAAUGGACAGACGGUUCAGGUUCAUGGCGUCAUCCAGGCGGCACAGCCUUCUGUCAUCCAAUCCCCGCAGGUCCAGGCAGUACAGAUCUCCACAAUAGCAGAAAGUGAAGACUCCCAGGAGUCUGUGGACAGUGUCACCGACUCUCAAAAGCGCAGAGAGAUUCUGUCACGGCGUCCGUCUUACAGGAAAAUCCUGAACGACCUUUCAUCCGAUGCACCGGCUGUCCCUCGUAUUGAGGAGGAAAAGGCGGAGGAGGACUCCUCUGCUGCAGCAGCUACACCUGCAAUAACCACGGUUACUGUGCCCACACCCAUCUACCAGACCAGCAGUGGGCAGUACAUUGCAAUUACUCAGGGCGGGGCUAUCCAGCUGGCCAAUAACGGCACAGAUGGAGUCCAAGGUCUUCAGACGCUCACCAUGACUAACGCAGCUGCCGCCCAGCCUGGAGCCACCAUCCUGCAGUACGCCCAGACCAGUGACGGCCAGCAGAUCCUGGUUCCCAGCAACCAGGUCGUGGUUCAAGCUGCCUCUGGUGACGUUCAAGCCUACCAAAUCCGCGCCGCCCCUGCCAGCACCAUCGCCCCCGGAGUCGUCAUGGCCUCCUCCCCUGCCCUCCCCACCCAGGGUGCCACAGAAGAGGUCACCAGAAAGCGAGAGGUCCGCCUCAUGAAAAACAGAGAGGCGGCACGGGAAUGUCGAAGGAAGAAGAAGGAGUACGUCAAAUGUUUGGAGAAUAGAGUGGCCGUGCUGGAGAACCAAAACAAGACGCUAAUUGAAGAACUGAAAGCACUAAAAGACCUUUACUGUCAUAAAUCGGAGUAAAUCCCCUUGAACUCUGAUCUGGUUUCAUUCACAUGGAAGGUUAACUCUCAUGAAAGUGCCAACUAAAUCUAAAUCUGAAACAAAAAAGAAAGUCAUCAUUACACCUCAGUCAUGUUAUCACUGCAGCAAAUCACUUCACUCUUCUCUAUAAAUCAUCUCUAACUCAAGAGCCAUCAGCCCAAAGGAGUUUUCUUUCUUCUUCACCCUCUUGUGUGUUUGGGUUACAAACCCAGCUGACAUUGGAAGGAAAAAAAGAAACCAGCCUGUGUUUCUUCUUUAAAGAAAAAGGAGCAGGAGGUAAGAAAACAACAUUUUUUAUUGAUGUUAUUGAGUCAAACGAAAGUCAAACAAAAAGACGUGGUUACAGUUUGUUUGUGAUGCUGUAGUUCUUUGGAGAUCUGUCAAAGUUGCCUCAAGUUUUCCAAAACGUGUGUUACUCACGUCGGUUAAAUUAAAGCAUUCUUACAAAAAUCAUUAAAAACUGUCUGAAAGUGAACCUCUUAGUGAAAUUAUCACAAGGAUAUUGGUGCCUAAGAAGCCACAAAUAUGUCAUCCUGUAAUGUCAAAAAAGAAAAAGACCCGUUCAGUUCCCGUUCUUCUUUUGCAUUGUAUGUCUUUUAGAUUAUUUUAAAUAUCUUUUUUUAGGUAAGCAAUAAUGUUCCAUCCAAGCAUCCCAGUGGUUGUGAUGGUUACCUGCACUUUAUUUUACUUCUUGAUUCUAAUAACAAGCGCUUCAACUGGAAAUCCACUUUCUCAGGUCUUGAGCCUGAUUUCGUUUUGAUUUUGUUUAAUCAAACCCUACUUCCAAAUGUUGAUCACUUCCAUUAAACAACAAAACUAUAAAAUUAUAGAAGCAAAGGCUUAUAAAAAUAGAAAUAAAUAAAUACAAAUCAACACUUGCCUUUAAUAUUACUGUAAUUGAAAAUGUUACAUUAUAUACAAUUGUUUUCUAAAUGUUGAUGCACAUUUGAUUUAAAGUGUUACAUUUCAGCAAAGAAUGUUGAGUUUUUAGUACAAAGUUGAAUUUAUUUUUUAAAUAAAUAUUUUUUUGUCACUGAUAAUAAUCAUAUGAUUUCAAGCAUUAGAACCAAAUUACAUUUUUCUGACUUCCGGUCUAAAUCUUCUCCCUUUAGUCAACUUAAAGCUCAUUUAAACAUUUUAUUAUUUAGCUAAGUGAAGCAAUAUGAUAUUCAAGUAAAACAUUUCUUUAUGAAAAACAAAAAUAAAUCAUAUUUCAUGUUUGAUUUGUUUUCAAUGGUUCAAGAGAAUCGAAGCGCACUUCUUUCUUACAAGAGGAAAAUGCAGAAACAAAUCCAGAAGAAAAGAUGAGUCUGUCAUUUCACAUGCUUUAUUUUAAUGACUCAUUUCUAUGGAAGUCUCUUUAACAAACAGUGUAGCGCUUUGAUUUGAGAGCGUUUCUGUUUUCAGGACUCAGAUGUUCUGCUUCGACUCAAAAGUGAAAUUAAACAUCUGCCUUUUAGAUGUAAAGAUUCUCUCUCAGAUAGCAUCCUCUCAGAUCUGAAUCAUCCUCCUUGUGUUUGAGCUUUAAAAACUUUUGGAUUCUAUGGGGGGUAAACCUGUGAAAAACUCUCAAACUGAAAGAUUGUUAGGUUUAUCUGCAGCAGCAGCCACACACUUCAAUACAAAUGAAUGUACAACUUAAUUAGCAACUUGCGUAGCAAAGAUUCAGCCGAUUUAAAGCUUUAGAGAAGCUGUUGCCUCCUGUGAAGGACACAGGGCUUUUCCAACUAUAGCAUCACUGCGUCCUGGCUUUAGCUCUUGUUUGCACAGAUGCACAAACCACAUCUAAUGGCUCAUCUUAAGAUCUUUUUGGCAAGUUAUUUGAAGCAAAAAUAAACAUUUAGUUCAAACCAGACACAGGGAGAGUUCAAGACCCACUCUGAUCAUUUUUUGAUCUAUUUGAAACAUGUUCCCAGUGGUCUUUUUAUCAUGAUGAUCCCAUGUUUAGACAAAAUCAAGAAACGUGUGUUGUUUGUCAUGACCUAGUUUCUGCAGUAUUUCAUAUGUGCUUCAUUUUAAGUGGUACUUUUUAUCGGCUCCUGAUUCACAACAAUUUGAAUUUAAAAAAGAUCCUCAGAAAUGCAGUUUUGAACUUAAUUUUCUUAGUAUAUGUCCCCCAUCAUCCGAAAAAUGCAGCAAAAACAUGUUAAAACUCACCUUUCAUUGUAGUGGGUCUUUAAAUGUAUCUAAACUAAGAGGAUGUUGUCUUUUUGAGAAUGUGACAGAAACACUACAAUAUUUCAAUGAAAGCUCUCAAACCAAAAACUACAGGCUUCAUUAAAACUGUGAUCUUUCCCAUGAAUCGUCACUUUUUUUGUGUUUUUUACUGUUUUGUUUGUUUGGAUAGAUUUGUACCCUAUAUUUACUGAUGUUUUAAUGUGUGUUCUGUUAAAAAAAAGGUUGAUUUUGCGUGACUGUGUGUGAAAAAAAUGUACAUUAUUUGUCUGUAUUUUAUAUGACUGUACAUAGACUCUACAGCAUGAGUAGGUCCCAUAUUUGGGUUUGAUAUGAAAGUGUUCCUAUGGAUUGUAUGAAACCACCUUUACAUAUUUGUAAUAUAAGUGUAUAAUUGUGUAUAUGUAUACACCUGGCCUGGCGUUGUCAUGGCAGCUAGUGAUGAAAAAGGUCUUUGUAUGCUUUGAGGCGCUGUUUUCUUUUAGGUCAGCAGGGUUUGUUUGUUUGUUUGUUUGUAAAGAUGAGACUUUUAACAGCAGUUGGCAUCCAGAAAAUGUAUUUGUUUUUAUGAUUUUAAGUGAUAAUUAUAUCAUAAACAUAAAAUAUAUAUUUUUUAUCCUUUUUCUAAAAAUAUAUAAUUUUUCUCCUUUUUGUUGUAUUUUGUUUGAGGCUUUUAAAGUUGUCUUGUUUACCUGCAGAGGUCAUGUGAUUUAUCUGUUUCAGAUCUUUCAAAUGCAUCUGACAUUGUUAUUACUACCAUCAUUAGCAUUAUGAUAAGAAGAAAUGAUUCCAAAUUAUUUACGGAAUUUAACACAUUUUAACUGAAAUUUAAAAAUGCCAAAAUCAAUCUUCUUAUUUUUGGUUAUUUAAGGCACUUUAAUUAAUUGUGUUAUUCAUAUUAACAUGUCUAUAAACCAGUUUUUCAUGACUGCUGAGAGAAAUCUCUUACAAAAUAAAAGCAAGAGUGUCUCAUUAGUUGUUUCAUAGGACAGACUAAAAUCUAUCAAAACUUUGUGCAUAUCUCACUUAAAGCACAUUACAUAGAGGAUAGAGGAUUUGUAAAAACAAACAAAAAAACAGUAAUAAGUCUGUGAUCAACUCUUUUGGUACUGGUGCCAUUACAUUAUGUGAGUUACUGAGAUGAAGUGUAUUCUUGGAGAGAAAAACAACCUUUUUACCCCGUGUGAGUUCCAUGUUCAGUGCUCGUGCCCAGAAAGAUUUAGUAAUAACCCUUUUUGAUGUUAGUUUGUAUUUGUAAGUUUGAUGUAAUGGCACAACGAGUUUUCCUAUAACGCAAACUGUGUUUUGUUUUGUUUUUUACUCCUGUGACAGAUUCUAGGGCCUAAACUUCUGCAUGUUACAGAUUUGCUCCAUGUGUGUAGAAAUAUUCACAUACAUUCAUAAACACGCACGAGUUUGAAAUGAGAUGAUACCAUUUUUUUCUAACUUUUAAUGUGAUCUGUUUAUAUUUUGUCACUUUUACAAGCUAUAUAAAUAAAUACCAUAUAUUGUAUAUUGACCUGUAGAGACGAGUUCGCCAAAUAAUGCAUUACUCUUAUUGUUUUUUGACAUUGUACUUUUAUGAAACUAUACCAGCUCAUUAUUUUUUAAGUUAAUCUGAUAAUGCAUAAAGUUUUGUAAACAUUUGCUAUGUUACAAUAAACUGAUCUUGGAGAUUGUACUGUGUUCUAUA